AUGGAGGAGGAGUCUAUGUCCGGGCAUAGCUGUUCCGAGGACGAUAUCAGCGUCGGGCGACCGUCGCCCGCACCUUCACGUUCACCGUCGCCGCAGGACUACUUCAGGCCGCUGAAACGACUGAAGAUGGCCUCGGAGCCGGUGGAGGAGCGUCGCGGUGAGGGAGUGAAGAGUUUCUCGAUACUGGACAUUUUGUCGCACAGUCCACGAACUCCGCCGCGUAUAGUACGCCCGUGGGAUGCAUCUGGAUUCGAAAGAUUGCAGCGGUUGCAGCGUUUAGCUGGUGCGGCUUUGCUAGAUGGGGAGCGUUGGAGGUUAGCAGCUUUAGGACUGCUGAGGCCACGAGAAAUGGCGCCGGCAGAGUGCUGUGACACAGCUUCAGAAAGAUCCUCGUCAGCCUCCGACUGCUGCUCGGAGCCGCGUCGUGCUCCACAGCAAGGCUCAAACGCUCCUCACACACCUCUGGACGCACUGUUCCACAUGACCAGCAAGACAUUUGAAGCGAAUAAUCCUGACAAUGGAGAUGGUCAGUCAAACCACUUGAAUCUCUUCAAUUCAAGGCCACAGCCGAAGAAGAAACGAAAAUCACGAACCGCCUUCACGAACCAUCAGAUAUUCGAACUCGAAAAACGGUUCCUCUACCAGAAGUACCUAUCACCGGCUGAUAGAGACGAGAUAGCCAGCUCUCUAGGACUCUCCAACGCCCAGGUAAUUACCUGGUUCCAGAACAGACGAGCGAAGCUCAAACGUGAUAUGGAAGAGUUGAAAAAGGAUGUCGAAAGUGCUAAAGUACUCUCUGCACAUAAGAGUUUUCUAGAAAAUGUUACUGAUUUGGGUAUUCUGAAGAAGAAGGCGAUGAGUAUAGGGGCAAGUGAGGAGGCCGCUACGAAUCUCGUAGUGAACGCGUCUAAAUGA